CGCGCGGCGGCGGUAGCCGAGGCCUCUUAGUUCUGCGGCACGUGACGGUCGGGCCGCCUCUGCCGCUGUCUCCACUGCAGCACGGGGCCGGGUGUGCGGGUGGGAGAAGGUGAGGGAGCCGCCAGUGGUCCCCGGGAGGCCGGAGGUGAGACGGGCAGCGUGUGCGGGGACCUCAGGCCUGGGACGAGCCUUGGGCGACUGGAUAGAUCAUGGAAGGGAAGUGGUUACUGUGUUUGCUACUGGUCCUUGGAACUGCAGCUAUUGAGGCUCAUGAUGGACAUGAUGAUGACAUGAUUGAUAUUGAAGAUGAUCUUGAUGAUGUUAUUGAAGAGGUUGAAGAUUCAAAAUCUAAAUCAGAUACCAGCACUCCUCCAUCUCCAAAGGUCACCUACAAAGCUCCAGUUCCAACGGGGGAGGUUUAUUUUGCUGACUCCUUUGACAGAGGGUCUCUGUCAGGGUGGAUUUUAUCUAAAGCCAAAAAAGAUGACACUGAUGAUGAAAUUGCAAAAUAUGAUGGAAAGUGGGAGGUAGAUGAGAUGAAGGAAACAAAGCUUCCAGGGGAUAAAGGACUUGUACUGAUGUCUCGGGCCAAGCAUCAUGCCAUCUCUGCUAAACUGAACAAGCCCUUCCUGUUUGAUACCAAGCCUCUCAUUGUUCAGUAUGAGGUUAAUUUUCAGAAUGGAAUAGAAUGCGGUGGUGCCUAUGUGAAGCUGCUUUCCAAGACGUCAGAGCUCAGCUUGGUAGUGCGCACCACGAUGUACAACGUCCACAAGCAGUUUGGGCCAGAUAAAUGUGGAGAGGACUACAAACUGCAUUUCAUCUUUCGACACAAAAAUCCCAAGACGGGUGUAUAUGAAGAAAAACAUGCUAAGAGGCCAGAUGCAGAUCUGAAGACCUAUUUCACUGAUAAGAAAACGCAUCUUUAUACAUUAAUCUUGAAUCCAGACAAUAGUUUUGAAAUAUUAGUUGACCAGUCUGUUGUGAACAGUGGAAAUCUGCUAAAUGACAUGACUCCUCCUGUAAACCCUUCACGUGAAAUUGAAGACCCAGAAGACCGGAAACCUGAAGAUUGGGAUGAAAGGCCCAAAAUAGCAGAUCCAGAUGCUGUCAAGCCAGAUGACUGGGAUGAGGAUAUGGAUGGAGAAUGGGAGGCUCCUCAGAUUGCCAACCCUAAGUGUGAGUCAGCCCCUGGGUGUGGUGUCUGGCAGCGACCUAUGAUUGACAACCCCAAUUAUAAGGGCAAAUGGAAACCUCCCAUGAUUGACAAUCCUAACUACCAGGGAAUCUGGAAACCAAGGAAAAUACCCAAUCCAGAUUUCUUUGAAGACCUAGAACCUUUUAAGAUGACUCCUUUCAGUGCUAUUGGUUUGGAGCUCUGGUCCAUGACAUCCGACAUCUUUUUUGACAACUUUAUUAUUAGUGGUGACCGAAGAGUAGUUGAUGAUUGGGCCAAUGAUGGUUGGGGCCUGAAGAAAGCUGCUGAUGGGGCUGCCGAGCCAGGUGUAGUGGGGCAGAUGCUGGAAGCAGCUGAAGAGCGUCCAUGGCUUUGGGUGGUCUAUAUUCUGACUGUAGCUUUGCCAGUGUUCCUUGUGAUUCUCUUCUGCUGUUCUGGAAAGAAACAGUCCAAUGCUAUGGAGUACAAGAAGACGGAUGCUCCCCAGCCAGAUGUGAAGGACGAAGAAGGGAAGGAAGAAGAGAAGAACAAGGGGGAUGAAGAGGAAGAAGAGGAGAAGCUUGAAGAGAAACAGAAGAGUGAUGCUGAAGAAGAUGGUGGCACUGGCAGUCAAGAUGAGGAAGAUAGCAAGCCUAAAGCAGAGGAGGAUGAAAUUUUGAACAGAUCGCCAAGAAACAGAAAGCCACGAAGAGAGUGAAACAAUCUUAAGAACUUGAUCUGUGAUUUCCUCUCCCUCCCCUUCCCUGCAAAUGUGGUCCUAGGAGAGGACCUGGUGUACCUUAGGUGGGAGCUCAGAAAACCUCAAGAUGUCACCAUCAACAGGUUCCAGUGAAUACUAGCCUGUAAUUUUAAACAUCUAGCAGUAAAUAAUUGCAGUUGUAAAGGACCCUGUUUCUGUAGAAAGGAAAACAUUUAACAUAAUGGUUGUGAAAUGUAACAUGAAGCAACUAACUAGUGUUUUGUUGUUUUUAAAAUUUUCCCGGUUUGUCUUUUUUCCUUUUCCUUUUUUUUUUUUUUUUUUUUUUUUUUAAAGAUACAAUGAUAGAAUUUUUGCCAGUUUAAAAUCUUGGCUUAAUUUAAUAUAUUAAUUUGUUCAUGCAGAAAUAACACCAUUAGGAAUGCUAGGGAGAAUGAAUUGCAGUUUUUAUAACAAUUUUUUUAAGUUUGGUAUUAAAGCAUUCAUGUGUCUGUCCUAAAAUUGUAAUCACGUUCAAGUGUAGUCAUUUGUGGUUAUAAUCUUGUUUUGUGUGCUUCCAUUAGUUAAUUCCUCUUAAGGACAGGAGAGAGAUUGGAUGGAAGCCCAAAUUUAUAUCAAAGUUCCUUUUACAUUGUAUUGAAUAGACCCAAAAAGAACUAAAAGGCGACUUUCACUUGGUCAUUUCACAUCAGAUCAUAAAGUGCAGUGUUCUGUUGCCCUAGGGACUGCUCCAUUCACAAACAGAUUUGCAGAGGAAAGGAGCUGGCUUAAUGCAGCAGUUCAUACUGUACUUCUCACAUAGGAGGUCUGACAGCUUGGGUCCUCUGGAGCACAAGGCUUUUUAAGGAAUGCUGGUGGUGCCUGAGUAGAUAAUUACAUCACUUAUUCCACUGUGUUGACACUGUUUUCCUCAUGGAUCUCCUCCGGCCCUAGCUUUCUCUGCUAUGCAUUUUCUUCACAGCGCAGCUUGCAGUCCGUUGCUGAAAAUUAUAAGCUCUGCAUAGUGUUGGCUUUACUGUGAUGACAUCUGUUUCUUCUUUUUUAGCUGGCCCACACCUUUCUAGGGUCCAACUACAGGAUGGAUUACAGACUUUCCAUUAGUGUCUAUUUCUUUUACUCUGUGUAGACUUUAGAAAGUCUAAUCCAGAGAUGGGCCAAUUCAGAAUUGACUAUAAUUGAACACAUGCUAAAAGUAUUUAUGGGAGGAUUGACACACAGCAUGAGUUAUUUGACUUUUGUAGGAUAUUUAAAAUCUUCAUUUGCAGUUCAUGUAACAGUUGUGUCUUAAAACUCACAUAAUAAAGCAGUCCUGUUCAAAAAUUUUUAUUUUAUUUAUUUUUUUUUUUUUUGUGGCUUGUAGAAUUUUUUAAAAGUGAAUUUAGGGCUUUCAUUUUUGUUUUAUGUUUUUUGUUUUGUCUUUCAUGUGGAAUGCAGAUGGGUGCUAGAGGAGCCUCUCCCACAUCACUAUAGUGUAAUAUUAUUACACCACACUGAAGUGUAUUCAGAAACAGAUGUUUCAAUUUCAUUCUUUCUCCAGAGGUGGUCCAGUUGUACCAAUGAUACUAUUCCUUGCACUGAAUAUAUAUAAACACUCUUUGGUGUUUAUAUUGGGGAAAUACUGGGAAAGAAAUAUAUUUGUUAAGGAUGAAGGCUGUAUCUGUUGUCUUUAUAAACACUGGUUCAUUUCUUUUGAGGGUGGAAUGCAUUUUUUUUCCUGUUCAGUGCUUUAUCACCAUCUGUUGUUUGUGGUCACAGUGACCAUAGCUAUGUAGCGGACGUUUCCAAAUGUAUAGAGUGAAAUAAACAGUUACUAGCAAGAAAUGAA